AUGAAAUAAUUCGACUAACAGCUCCCUGAUACUGUGCCUCUAGAUAUUUUAUUGGCUCAAUUGUAAAACCCUUUAAUUGUUAGAGAAGAUCACUAAUAAUGUAUUUGGCAUAUAAAUAUAUCGAGUUUUAAAAUAAAGACAUCAUUGCAUGCCUGAAAUAAUUAACAAUAAUUAUUAAUUACUUGCCGAUAAAUAUUUACUACUAAGCAAUGCUUUACCAGGAUGUUCUCCCGAAUUAAUCGUUGAAGAAUUCGAGAAAGUCGUGUAAGUAGUUGAGAAAUGUUGCAAUUAAUUUAUUGAGAAAAUGAAAAAAGUUAUAACAGAUCUCUAAGCGUUUGCCAAUUAUGAUACCCAGGUAUUGAAAGGCUAUCUAGUUUAAUCAACUGAUAUCUUUUAAAGAUGCUUUAAUCUUAUUGACAAAGAUUUAACAAAUUAGGAUGUUGAAUUUUUAAUGGAGAAUUUCACUAAUCCUGAAAAUACAAUCUAAAGACAUUUGUUAACCCUAAUAUUCGAAAGAAAUCAAAAUCUAUAGAACGUAAUGUAAAAAGUCUAUACAGAAUAACUGGAUUUUUCAGCAUAAUUUCGUGCUUAAUUUGAAUAAUUAGGUAAUACUAACCAUUUCGAACCAUUAAACAAAUUAUUAAACAAUUAAAAGAAAUUUUGGUCUAACAGAGUGAAAAAAGAAAUUUAAACCUAAAAAUAAUUAAUGGAGGAACAAUUACCAUAAUAAUUCUUAGUUUAGUCAAACAUUCAAUUCGCACCUCAAAAUUAACAAUUUUAAUAGCAAUAAUAAUAAUAAGUUUAACCCUAAAUUUAGUAAUAACCUCAAUAAGAUGUAUCGUGGUUAAAUAAGUCUCAGUCCAUUCAAAUAGAACCUGGAAAUCAAAAAUUAAUAGAAGGUCUGCUUAAAUUGAGAGCUCAUACGCAUGAAUUAAUGUAGAAACAUGAAAAAGAAUUAAAAAUGGAUAUCAGAAAACACUGCAAAUUAGACGGAGGUGGUUCCUUUGGGUAAACAAUUCAUAGAUUCAUAUUAGCUAUUGUUGGACAGGUGGAUAUGGAUGGAAGGGAGCUCCAUAUGAAAGUUUAGAAUUAUCAAUUUAAUGUCCUCAGUGCUAAAAUUUAAAUUAGGACAUGAAUAGCACAGCUAAAAAAUUAUAUGAUCUAGAAUACAGGGACAAAGGGACUUGGUGGGUUAGGGCUUGGUUUUUAUAUAAGAAAUGAAAAUGUUUAAUUUAUAUCG